CAGGGGUGGCUGGCAACUGGGUUGCUGCUUUGAGAAACCGGCUUGUGAGCAGCGGCGGGAAAGGCGCGUGUCGGCUUCUCACUGGCGCAGCCUCCACCGAGGUCGCCGCUGUCCCGCCCUACCCGGGCGUCGUUGCUGACACCGGAGUGGACGAAGUGCGGUCCGGGCAUGGGCAGCGGGGGGGAUGCGAACGCCUCGGCUGCCUCGGCUGCUCGGCGGGUGACAGAGCUUUGUUACAACAUGGGACUUAUAAUUACACUGGCUUCCCUGUGCCUGUUUUCCUUAGCAGAGGCCAGUUCCAAAGCCAUUACAACCUCUCUGACCACAAAGUGGUUUUCUCCUCCACUGCUAUUGGAAGCCAGUGAGUUCUUAGCAGAAGACAGUCAAGAAAAAUUUUGGAGUUUUGUAGAAGCCAGUCAAAAUAUUGGAUCAUCUGAUCAUCACGACACUGAUCGUUCCUAUUACAAUGCGAUAUUGGAAGCCGCGUUUCAAUUUCUGUCACCUUUGCAGCAGAAUUUGUUGAAAUUUUGUCUCUCUCUUCGUUCCUACUCAGCCUCAAUUCAAGCCUUCCAGCAGAUAGCAGGUGAUGAGCCUCCCCCAGAAGGAUGUAAGUCAUUCUUUUCAGUGCAUGGGAAGCAGACCUGUGAUUUUGAUGCUCUGGAUACCCUUCUACUAUCUGCACCCGACAGACCUAAACCUUUGUUGUUCAAAGGAGAUCACAGAUUCCCCUCAUCGAAUUCUGAAAGUCCUGUGGUGAUUUUCUACUCUGAGAUUGGCCAUGAAGAAUUUUAUAAUAUUCACCAACAACUUAUAUCAAAAAGCAACGAAGGCAAAAUUAAUUAUGUAUUCAGACAUUAUAUAUCUAAUCCCAAGAAGGAGCCUGUUUACCUUUCCGGCUAUGGUGUGGAAUUGGCAAUUAAGAGCACGGAGUACAAGGCCAAGGAUGAUACUCAGGUGAAAGGAACUGAGGUGAAUACCACAGUCAUUGGUGAGAACGAUCCUAUUGAUGAAGUUCAGGGGUUUCUUUUUGGAAAAUUAAGAGAACUGCACCCCUCUUUGGAAGAACAACUGAAAGAAUUCCGAAAGUAUCUUGUGGAGAGCACCAAUGAGAUGGCGCCCUUGAAAGUUUGGCAGCUGCAAGAUCUCAGUUUCCAGACUGCUGCCCGCAUCCUGGCUGCUCCUGUGGAGUUAGCUUUGGUGGUGAUGAAGGAUAUUAGUCAGAAUUUUCCUACAAAAGCCAGAGCAAUAACAAAAACAGCUGUGAGCUCACAACUUAGAACGGAAGUGGAAGAGAACCAGAAGUAUUUCAAGGGAACAAUAGGACUGCAGCCUGGAGAUUCAGCUCUCUUCAUCAAUGGACUUCAUAUUGAUUUAGAUACCCAGGAUAUAUUCAGUUUGUUUGAUACGCUGAGGAAUGAAGCCCGGGUAAUGGAGGGUCUGCACAGACUAGGAAUAGAAGGCCUCUCUCUACAUAAUAUUUUGAAGCUCAAUAUCCAGCCUUCUGAGGCUGACUAUGCAGUAGACAUCAGGAGUCCUGCUAUUUCAUGGGUCAACAACCUAGAGAUUGAUAGCCGAUAUAAUUCAUGGCCUUCUAGUUUACAAGAGUUACUUCGACCUACCUUUCCUGGCGUUAUACGGCAGAUCAGGAAAAACUUGCAUAACUUGGUGUUUAUUGUUGAUCCUGUGCAUGAGACCACAGCCGAGUUGAUUAGCAUAGCUGAGCUGUUCCUCAGCAAUCACGUACCAUUAAGGAUUGGUUUUAUCUUUGUGGUCAAUGACUCGGAAGACGUUGAUGGGAUGCAAGAUGCUGGAGUUGCUGUUCUGAGAGCGUAUAAUUAUGUUGUCCAAGAAGUGGAUGGUUACCACGCCUUCCAGAUUCUCACACAUAUCUAUAACAAGGUGAGGACUGGAGAAAAAGUGAAAGUUGAACAUGUGGUCAGUGUCUUGGAGAAGAAAUACCCGUAUGUCGAAGUGAAUAGCAUUCUGGGGAUUGAUUCUGCUUAUGAUCAGAACCGGAAGGAAGCGAGAGGCUACUAUGAGCAGAUUGGUGUUGGUCCCCUGCCCGUUGUCUUGUUCAAUGGCAUGCCCUUUGAAAAGGAACAUUUGGAUCCUGAUGAGUUGGAAACCAUUACAAUGCACAAGAUCUUGGAGACCACGUCCUUCUUCCAAAGGGUGGUAUAUUUGGGUGAACUGCCACAUGACCAAGAUGUGGUAGAAUAUAUCAUGAAUCAACCAAAUGUUGUUCCACGAAUCAAUUCUCGGAUUUUGACCGCUAAACGAGAGUAUCUGGAUCUUACAGCCAGCAAUAACUUUUUUGUGGAUGAUUUUGCCAGAUUUUCUGCCCUGGACUCUAGGGGCAAGACUGCUGCUAUAGCCAACAGUAUGAACUAUCUGACAAAGAAAGGAAUGUCCUCCAAGGAAAUCUAUGACGAUUCCUUUAUUAGGCCAGUGACUUUUUGGAUUGUUGGGGAUUUUGAUAGCCCUUCUGGACGGCAAUUAUUAUAUGAUGCCAUUAAACAUCAGAAAACCAGUAACAAUAUUAGGAUAAGUAUGAUCAAUAAUCCCAGCCAAGAGAUAAGUUACUCGAGCACUCCAAUCUCCAGAGCGAUCUGGGCAGCUCUCCAAACACAGACCUCCAACUCUGCUAAGAACUUCAUCACCAAAAUGGCCAAAGAGGAGACAGCAGAGGCCCUGGCUGCAGGAAUGGACAUUGGGGAAUUCUCUGUUGGGGGCAUGGAUGUCAGUCUUUUUAAAGAGGCCUUUGAGUCUUCCAAAAUGGAUUUCAUUUUGUCUCAUGCCCUGUACUGCAGAGAUGUUCUGAAGCUGAAGAAGGGGCAGAGAAUGGUGAUCAGCAAUGGAAGGAUCAUCGGGCCACUGGAGGAGAAUGAGCUCUUUAAUCAAGAUGAUUUCCACCUCCUAGAAAACAUCAUCUUAAAAACAUCAGGACAGAAAAUAAAAUCUCACAUCCAACAGCUUCGUGUAGAAGAAGACGUGGCAAGUGACCUGGUAAUGAAGGUGGAUGCUCUCCUGUCAGCGCAACCCAAAGGCGAGGCAAGGAUCGACUACCAGUACUUUGAAGACAAACACAGUGCAAUUAAACUGAAGCCCAAUGAAGGGGACACAUACUAUGAUGUGGUAGCUGUCGUUGACCCUGUCACAAGAGAAGCACAGAGGCUCGCCCCCUUGCUCUUGGUUUUGACUCAGCUGGUAAACAUGAAUCUAAGAGUAUUUAUGAAUUGCCAAUCUAAACUUUCCGACAUGCCUUUGAAAAGCUUUUACCGUUAUGUCUUAGAACCAGAGAUUUCUUUCACCGCAGACAACAGCUUUGCUAAGGGACCGAUAGCGAAGUUUCUGGAUAUGCCACAGUCUCCACUGUUCACUUUGAAUCUGAACACACCUGAGAGUUGGAUGGUGGAAUCUGUCAGGACGCCAUAUGAUCUUGAUAACAUUUAUCUAGAAGAGGUGGACAGUAUAGUGGCUGCUGAGUAUGAGCUGGAAUACCUGUUAUUAGAGGGCCAUUGCUAUGAUGUCACCACGGGCCAGCCCCCUCGAGGACUGCAGUUUACGUUAGGGACUUCAGCCAGCCCAACAACUGUGGACACGAUUGUGAUGGCCAAUCUGGGAUAUUUUCAGCUCAAAGCCAACCCAGGAGCCUGGAUUCUCAGACUAAGGAAGGGGCGCUCUGAUGAUAUUUAUAGAAUCUACAGCCAUGAUGGUACAGAUUCUCCUCCUGAUGCAAAUGAUGUUGUUGUCCUCCUCAAUAACUUCAAAAGCAAAAUCAUCAAAGUGAAGGUUCAGAAGAAAGCAGACAUGGUUAAUGAAGACUUGCUGAGUGAUGGAACGAGUGAGAAUGAAUCUGGAUUUUGGGACUCAUUUAAAUGGGGCUUUUCAGGACAGAAGACUGAGGAAGUGAAACCUGAAAAAGAUGACAUAAUCAAUAUUUUCUCUGUUGCAUCUGGUCAUCUCUAUGAAAGAUUUCUUCGCAUAAUGAUGCUAUCAGUGCUGAAGAAUACCAAAACUCCUGUGAAAUUCUGGUUCUUGAAGAAUUAUUUGUCCCCCACAUUUAAGGAGUUUAUACCUUACAUGGCCAGCAAAUACAACUUUCAGUAUGAACUUGUUCAGUAAAAAUGGCCGCGGUGGCUUCAUCAGCAGACAGAGAAGCAACGGAUCAUCUGGGGCUACAAGAUCCUCUUCCUGGAUGUACUUUUCCCACUGGUUGUUGACAAGUUCCUGUUUGUAGAUGCUGAUCAGAUUGUACGGACAGAUCUGAAAGAGUUAAGGGAUUUCAAUUUGGAUGGCGCCCCUUAAGGUUACACUCCUUUCUGUGAUAGCAGGAGAGAGAUGGAUGGCUACCGGUUCUGGAAGUCAGGGUACUGGGCCAGUCAUUUGGCUGGGCGGAA